AUGUAUAAUACUACUACCACUACUUGUCUGAACAUAUCAAACAUGUUUCAGACAUUUGGUGAGGAUCAACAUCAUGAAGACUUGUUCUUCUCUAGGAGAUGUAUUUGGGUGAAUGGGCCUGUCAUUGUUGGGGCAGGUCCUUCAGGUCUUGCUGUUGCUGCUGGUCUUAAACAGCAAGGUGUGCCUUUCAUUGUCCUUGAAAGAGCUCACUGCAUUGCCUCUCUUUGGCAAAACCAGACUUACGAUCGCUUAAAGCUUCACCUCCCUAAACGAUUCUGUCAAUUACCCAAUUUUCCAUUCCCAGAGGACUUUCCAGAGUACCCCACAAAGUAUCAGUUCAUUAACUAUCUAGAAUCAUAUGCAAAACACUUCAACAUAAACCCGCAUUUCAAUGAAACAGUUCAAUCUGCUAAAUAUGAUGAAACAUUUGGGUUGUGGAGGGUCAAAACUGUUUCCACAAGUGGUUCAAAUCCUGUGGAGGUUGACUACAUUUGUAGGUGGCUUGUUGUUGCCACAGGAGAGAAUGCUGAAAAGGUUGUGCCUGAUUUUGAUGGCUUGGAAGAGUUUAGUGGGAAUGUUACACAUGCCCGUGAAUACAAAUCCGGUGAAAGUUAUCGAGGCAAGCGCGUGCUUGUGGUCGGCUGUGGAAAUUCAGGCAUGGAAGUCUCUCUUGAUCUUUUCAACCACAAUGCACAUCCUUCAAUGGUUGUCCGAAGCUCUGUUCAUGUAUUACCAAGGGAAGUUCUUGGGAAAUCGACAUUUGAAUUAGCAGCAAAUUUGAUGAAAUGGUGUCCACUUUGGAUGGUGGACAAGAUAUUGUUGGUUCUUGCAAGGUUAAUUCUUGGAAAUGUUCAGAAAUAUGGGUUAAAAAGGCCAUCUCUAGGUCCUAUAGAGCUCAAGAACAUUGCAGGAAAGACCCCUGUAUUGGACAUUGGUGCCUUAGCCAAAAUACGAUCCAGAGAUAUCAAAGUUGUUCCUGGAAUCAAGAGAUUUUACCCAGGAAGAGUGGAGCUUGUUAAUGGUGAAAAUCUGGAGAUUGAUUCUGUAAUUUUGGCUACUGGGUAUCGCAGCAAUGUGCCUUCAUGGCUCAAGGACAAUGAUUUCUUUUCUGAAGAUGGAAUCCCAAAGAAUCCAUUCCCAAAUGGGUGGAAAGGAAAGGCUGGAUUAUAUGCAGUUGGGUUCACAAGGAGAGGUCUAUCUGGUGCAUCUCUAGAUGCAAUCAGUGUGGCACUUGACAUUGCUAAAUGCUGGAAAGAAGAAACUAAGCAGACAAAGAAAUCCGUCGCGGCUCGGCAUAGGAGAUGCAUUUCACAUUUUUAGUACCAUGACAUUGUCUAGAUCUGUUUUCAUUCUACUU